GGCUUAUAAACUUUCUACACAAGAGGUGUUAUAUUAAAAAACAAUAAAAAUGCCCUCAAUACCUGGAAAGUAUCAACAUUAUAAAAAUGAAGACAUUGAUGACUAUUUCAUAGCAGUAGGUGUACCUUUCAUGGGAAGGAAAAUGAUGGCAAUGUCAUCACCUCUAAUGGAAAUAACAAUGGACGGUGAUAAUAUGGUUAUUAAAAAUUCAUCAUUGCUUCGAACAGUGGAAAUGAAUUUCAAAUUGGGCGAGGAGUAUGAAGAACGUAUGCCUAAUACAACUAUUAAGAGUAUUACUAAACUUCUUAAUGACCAUGAACUUGAAACUUUAUCUACUAUUCCUGAGAGUGGUGCUAAGUGCGGAAGACAUUAUUUAUUUAAGGAUGAUGAAUGCGUUAUAACUUUGACCCAUGACAAGGCACAAACACCAGGUAAAAGAUACUUUCGUAGAGUGACUUCUUAAACAUUUGAAUUAUUCAUAGGAAUCUUAAAUUGAGGCAUGCUGUGAGAUCAUUUUAUUGAUUAAAUAUAAUUGGUUAUUGGAAUAAAAGGCAAUUUUAUACUUAUUUAUGUUUAUAAGUUAUAUUUCUAUUGUUGUAAUAUUUUUCUAAUUUUUUAAUAAAUGUUUUAAUUUU